AUGCUACCAUCUGCAUCACCCUUCUUGUCAUUUCGAUUAAAAGAUGAAUCUCGGUUUUUUCUAAUUGCCGACAUCUCCGUAACCCACGUGACCUUACACCAUUUCAACGCUGAGAACCUCCAUUUUUUUUCGUCCGUCUGCACAACACUUGGCAAAGGACGGCGUCGCCUCUUGCUUUUUGAUCGAAGCGAAUUAUUUUCACUCAAUGGCGUUCGCACGUCCAAAUUGCUCCGACCACAUUCUUUCCUUCUUUCCCUCUCUGCUUUUAUUUGUUCUUGUUUUUGUGUAGAUAAUAAGCCGUCUUUCUUGUUGUCGCCUUUUUCUCUCAGUUUUAACACUCGUUCUUUGUGCAGUGUAUUUUAUUUCUCUAAACCUUUCUUUCUUUUUUUAUUACCUCUUCGUCCUUUCUGUAAUAUAACUUCUCUCUCUCUCUCUCUCUCUCUCUCUCUCUUUCUUUCUUUCGUUUUCUGA